GGCAUUUGGGAGGGCUUUACAAGGAAGUAAGCGUGCUUCAUGAUACAAUCUGUUAACAAUCAGGCAAAUUAAGUAAAGCCCAUUGAAACCUCAAAGAUACCUAAUACCGCAUUCCUAAUCAAACAACGUGACAUAAAAAAAUGCACGCAACUGCGCAAAUUGAGAAAAUCAAGCACCUGAAUGCAGAAUCAGCGAUAUCGAAGCCAAAAAAUCCGAAACCAGACACAAAUACCUUCCUAAAAAACAAAAACACGCGGAAAGAACACACAUCAGGAGAAUCAAUAAAACGCGCUAAAAUCCGAAACAAAACACAUCAAAGUAAAUCCUAUCAGAAAGGUGUAAAAAAUUACGUCAACCAAAUUACUGCACCCACCCCUGGGGUCUCAACAACCAUACAUCAACAGACAACACCGAAAACGACACAGAGGAACAACCUGAAAAUGACGACAUCGAGUUCGGAUUCAGACUCUAGUGAGGAUGAGCAGCCGGUGAGCAAGAAGCCUGCAUUGGUGAAGGCGUCUCCAGCAGUUGGUAAGACGACAGUCGGUGUGGUUGGUGGUAAGAAGGUUGUUGGUAAGCCGGAGUCGUCUAGUUCCGACUCGGAUUCUAGUGAUGAUGGAGAUGCUGGUGUUGUGAAGAAGGGUGUUGCUGCUGUUGGUAGGCCGUUGUCGGGUGUGGGUCAGCAGACGACACCUCAGUCGUCAGUGCAGAAGAAGAAGGUGGGAGCGGUGGCGUCGAGUUCGGACUCAGACUCUAGUGAGGAUGAGCAGCCGGUGAGCAAGAAGCCUGCAUUGGUGAAGGCGUCUCCAGCAGUUGGUAAGACGACAGUCGGUGUGGUUGGUGGUAAGAAGGUUGUUGGUAAGCCGGAGUCGUCUAGUUCCGACUCGGAUUCUAGUGAUGAUGGAGAUGCUGGUGUUGUGAAGAAGGGUGUUGCUGCUGUUGGUAGGCCGUUGUCGGGUGUGGGUCAGCAGACGACACCUCAGUCGUCAGUGCAGAAGAAGAAGGUGGGAGCGGUGGCGUCGAGUUCGGACUCAGACUCUAGUGAGGAUGAGCAGCCGGUGAGCAAGAAGCCUGCAUUGGUGAAGGCGUCUCCAGCAGUUGGUAAGACGACAGUCGGUGUGGUUGGUGGUAAGAAGGUUGUUGGUAAGCCGGAGUCGUCUAGUUCCGACUCGGAUUCUAGUGAUGAUGGAGAUGCUGGUGUUGUGAAGAAGGGUGUUGCUGCUGUUGGUAGGCCGUUGUCGGGUGUGGGUCAGCAGACGACACCUCAGUCGUCAGUGCAGAAGAAGAAGGUGGGAGCGGUGGCGUCGAGUUCGGACUCAGACUCUAGUGAGGAUGAGCAGCCGGUGAGCAAGAAGCCUGCAUUGGUGAAGGCGUCUCCAGCAGUUGGUAAGACGACAGUCGGUGUGGUUGGUGGUAAGAAGGUUGUUGGUAAGCCGGAGUCGUCUAGUUCCGACUCGGAUUCUAGUGAUGAUGGAGAUGCUGGUGUUGUGAAGAAGGGUGUUGCUGCUGUUGGUAGGCCGUUGUCGGGUGUGGGUCAGCAGACGACACCUCAGUCGUCAGUGCAGAAGAAGAAGGUGGGAGCGGUGGCGUCGAGUUCGGACUCAGACUCUAGUGAGGAUGAGCAGCCGGUGAGCAAGAAGCCUGCAUUGGUGAAGGCGUCUCCAGCAGUUGGUAAGACGACAGUCGGUGUGGUUGGUGGUAAGAAGGUUGUUGGUAAGCCGGAGUCGUCUAGUUCCGACUCGGAUUCUAGUGAUGAUGGAGAUGCUGGUGUUGUGAAGAAGGGUGUUGCUGCUGUUGGUAGGCCGUUGUCGGGUGUGGGUCAGCAGACGACACCUCAGUCGUCAGUGCAGAAGAAGAAGGUGGGAGCGGUGGCGUCGAGUUCGGACUCAGACUCUAGUGAGGAUGAGCAGCCGGUGAGCAAGAAGCCUGCAUUGGUGAAGGCGUCUCCAGCAGUUGGUAAGACGACAGUCGGUGUGGUUGGUGGUAAGAAGGUUGUUGGUAAGCCGGAGUCGUCUAGUUCCGACUCGGAUUCUAGUGAUGAUGGAGAUGCUGGUGUUGUGAAGAAGGGUGUUGCUGCUGUUGGUAGGCCGUUGUCGGGUGUGGGUCAGCAGACGACACCUCAGUCGUCAGUGCAGAAGAAGAAGGUGGGAGCGGUGGCGUCGAGUUCGGACUCAGACUCUAGUGAGGAUGAGCAGCCGGUGAGCAAGAAGCCUGCAUUGGUGAAGGCGUCUCCAGCAGUUGGUAAGACGACAGUCGGUGUGGUUGGUGGUAAGAAGGUUGUUGGUAAGCCGGAGUCGUCUAGUUCCGACUCGGAUUCUAGUGAUGAUGGAGAUGCUGGUGUUGUGAAGAAGGGUGUUGCUGCUGUUGGUAGGCCGUUGUCGGGUGUGGGUCAGCAGACGACACCUCAGUCGUCAGUGCAGAAGAAGAAGGUGGGAGCGGUGGCGUCGAGUUCGGACUCAGACUCUAGUGAGGAUGAGCAGCCGGUGAGCAAGAAGCCUGCAUUGGUGAAGGCGUCUCCAGCAGUUGGUAAGACGACAGUCGGUGUGGUUGGUGGUAAGAAGGUUGUUGGUAAGCCGGAGUCGUCUAGUUCCGACUCGGAUUCUAGUGAUGAUGGAGAUGCUGGUGUUGUGAAGAAGGGUGUUGCUGCUGUUGGUAGGCCGUUGUCGGGUGUGGGUCAGCAGACGACACCUCAGUCGUCAGUGCAGAAGAAGAAGGUGGGAGCGGUGGCGUCGAGUUCGGACUCAGACUCUAGUGAGGAUGAGCAGCCGGUGAGCAAGAAGCCUGCAUUGGUGAAGGCGUCUCCAGCAGUUGGUAAGACGACAGUCGGUGUGGUUGGUGGUAAGAAGGUUGUUGGUAAGCCGGAGUCGUCUAGUUCCGACUCGGAUUCUAGUGAUGAUGGAGAUGCUGGUGUUGUGAAGAAGGGUGUUGCUGCUGUUGGUAGGCCGUUGUCGGGUGUGGGUCAGCAGACGACACCUCAGUCGUCAGUGCAGAAGAAGAAGGUGGGAGCGGUGGCGUCGAGUUCGGACUCAGACUCUAGUGAGGAUGAGCAGCCGGUGAGCAAGAAGCCUGCAUUGGUGAAGGCGUCUCCAGCAGUUGGUAAGACGACAGUCGGUGUGGUUGGUGGUAAGAAGGUUGUUGGUAAGCCGGAGUCGUCUAGUUCCGACUCGGAUUCUAGUGAUGAUGGAGAUGCUGGUGUUGUGAAGAAGGGUGUUGCUGCUGUUGGUAGGCCGUUGUCGGGUGUGGGUCAGCAGACGACACCUCAGUCGUCAGUGCAGAAGAAGAAGGUGGGAGCGGUGGCGUCGAGUUCGGACUCAGACUCUAGUGAGGAUGAGCAGCCGGUGAGCAAGAAGCCUGCAUUGGUGAAGGCGUCUCCAGCAGUUGGUAAGACGACAGUCGGUGUGGUUGGUGGUAAGAAGGUUGUUGGUAAGCCGGAGUCGUCUAGUUCCGACUCGGAUUCUAGUGAUGAUGGAGAUGCUGGUGUUGUGAAGAAGGGUGUUGCUGCUGUUGGUAGGCCGUUGUCGGGUGUGGGUCAGCAGACGACACCUCAGUCGUCAGUGCAGAAGAAGAAGGUGGGAGCGGUGGCGUCGAGUUCGGACUCAGACUCUAGUGAGGAUGAGCAGCCGGUGAGCAAGAAGCCUGCAUUGGUGAAGGCGUCUCCAGCAGUUGGUAAGACGACAGUCGGUGUGGUUGGUGGUAAGAAGGUUGUUGGUAAGCCGGAGUCGUCUAGUUCCGACUCGGAUUCUAGUGAUGAUGGAGAUGCUGGUGUUGUGAAGAAGGGUGUUGCUGCUGUUGGUAGGCCGUUGUCGGGUGUGGGUCAGCAGACGACACCUCAGUCGUCAGUGCAGAAGAAGAAGGUGGGAGCGGUGGCGUCGAGUUCGGACUCAGACUCUAGUGAGGAUGAGCAGCCGGUGAGCAAGAAGCCUGCAUUGGUGAAGGCGUCUCCAGCAGUUGGUAAGACGACAGUCGGUGUGGUUGGUGGUAAGAAGGUUGUUGGUAAGCCGGAGUCGUCUAGUUCCGACUCGGAUUCUAGUGAUGAUGGAGAUGCUGGUGUUGUGAAGAAGGGUGUUGCUGCUGUUGGUAGGCCGUUGUCGGGUGUGGGUCAGCAGACGACACCUCAGUCGUCAGUGCAGAAGAAGAAGGUGGGAGCGGUGGCGUCGAGUUCGGACUCAGACUCUAGUGAGGAUGAGCAGCCGGUGAGCAAGAAGUCUGCAUUGGUGAAGGCGUCUCCAGCAGUUGGUAAGACGACAGUCGGUGUGGUUGGUGGUAAGAAGGUUGUUGGUAAGCCGGAGUCGUCUAGUUCCGACUCGGAUUCUAGUGAUGAUGGAGAUGCUGGUGUUGUGAAGAAGGGUGUUGCUGCUGUUGGUAGGCCGUUGUCGGGUGUGGGUCAGCAGACGACACCUCAGUCGUCAGUGCAGAAGAAGAAGGUGGGAGCGGUGGCGUCGAGUUCGGACUCAGACUCUAGUGAGGAUGAGCAGCCGGUGAGCAAGAAGCCUGCAUUGGUGAAGGCGUCUCCAGCAGUUGGUAAGACGACAGUCGGUGUGGUUGGUGGUAAGAAGGUUGUUGGUAAGCCGGAGUCGUCUAGUUCCGACUCGGAUUCUAGUGAUGAUGGAGAUGCUGGUGUUGUGAAGAAGGGUGUUGCUGCUGUUGGUAGGCCGUUGUCGGGUGUGGGUCAGCAGACGACACCUCAGUCGUCAGUGCAGAAGAAGAAGGUGGGAGCGGUGGCGUCGAGUUCGGACUCAGACUCUAGUGAGGAUGAGCAGCCGGUGAGCAAGAAGCCUGCAUUGGUGAAGGCGUCUCCAGCAGUUGGUAAGACGACAGUCGGUGUGGUUGGUGGUAAGAAGGUUGUUGGUAAGCCGGAGUCGUCUAGUUCCGACUCGGAUUCUAGUGAUGAUGGAGAUGCUGGUGUUGUGAAGAAGGGUGUUGCUGCUGUUGGUAGGCCGUUGUCGGGUGUGGGUCAGCAGACGACACCUCAGUCGUCAGUGCAGAAGAAGAAGGUGGGAGCGGUGGCGUCGAGUUCGGACUCAGACUCUAGUGAGGAUGAGCAGCCGGUGAGCAAGAAGCCUGCAUUGGUGAAGGCGUCUCCAGCAGUUGGUAAGACGACAGUCGGUGUGGUUGGUGGUAAGAAGGUUGUUGGUAAGCCGGAGUCGUCUAGUUCCGACUCGGAUUCUAGUGAUGAUGGAGAUGCUGGUGUUGUGAAGAAGGGUGUUGCUGCUGUUGGUAGGCCGUUGUCGGGUGUGGGUCAGCAGACGACACCUCAGUCGUCAGUGCAGAAGAAGAAGGUGGGAGCGGUGGCGUCGAGUUCGGACUCAGACUCUAGUGAGGAUGAGCAGCCGGUGAGCAAGAAGCCUGCAUUGGUGAAGGCGUCUCCAGCAGUUGGUAAGACGACAGUCGGUGUGGUUGGUGGUAAGAAGGUUGUUGGUAAGCCGGAGUCGUCUAGUUCCGACUCGGAUUCUAGUGAUGAUGGAGAUGCUGGUGUUGUGAAGAAGGGUGUUGCUGCUGUUGGUAGGCCGUUGUCGGGUGUGGGUCAGCAGACGACACCUCAGUCGUCAGUGCAGAAGAAGAAGGUGGGAGCGGUGGCGUCGAGUUCGGACUCAGACUCUAGUGAGGAUGAGCAGCCGGUGAGCAAGAAGCCUGCAUUGGUGAAGGCGUCUCCAGCAGUUGGUAAGACGACAGUCGGUGUGGUUGGUGGUAAGAAGGUUGUUGGUAAGCCGGAGUCGUCUAGUUCCGACUCGGAUUCUAGUGAUGAUGGAGAUGCUGGUGUUGUGAAGAAGGGUGUUGCUGCUGUUGGUAGGCCGUUGUCGGGUGUGGGUCAGCAGACGACACCUCAGUCGUCAGUGCAGAAGAAGAAGGUGGGAGCGGUGGCGUCGAGUUCGGACUCAGACUCUAGUGAGGAUGAGCAGCCGGUGAGCAAGAAGCCUGCAUUGGUGAAGGCGUCUCCAGCAGUUGGUAAGACGACAGUCGGUGUGGUUGGUGGUAAGAAGGUUGUUGGUAAGCCGGAGUCGUCUAGUUCCGACUCGGAUUCUAGUGAUGAUGGAGAUGCUGGUGUUGUGAAGAAGGGUGUUGCUGCUGUUGGUAGGCCGUUGUCGGGUGUGGGUCAGCAGACGACACCUCAGUCGUCAGUGCAGAAGAAGAAGGUGGGAGCGGUGGCGUCGAGUUCGGACUCAGACUCUAGUGAGGAUGAGCAGCCGGUGAGCAAGAAGCCUGCAUUGGUGAAGGCGUCUCCAGCAGUUGGUAAGACGACAGUCGGUGUGGUUGGUGGUAAGAAGGUUGUUGGUAAGCCGGAGUCGUCUAGUUCCGACUCGGAUUCUAGUGAUGAUGGAGAUGCUGGUGUUGUGAAGAAGGGUGUUGCUGCUGUUGGUAGGCCGUUGUCGGGUGUGGGUCAGCAGACGACACCUCAGUCGUCAGUGCAGAAGAAGAAGGUGGGAGCGGUGGCGUCGAGUUCGGACUCAGACUCUAGUGAGGAUGAGCAGCCGGUGAGCAAGAAGCCUGCAUUGGUGAAGGCGUCUCCAGCAGUUGGUAAGACGACAGUCGGUGUGGUUGGUGGUAAGAAGGUUGUUGGUAAGCCGGAGUCGUCUAGUUCCGACUCGGAUUCUAGUGAUGAUGGAGAUGCUGGUGUUGUGAAGAAGGGUGUUGCUGCUGUUGGUAGGCCGUUGUCGGGUGUGGGUCAGCAGACGACACCUCAGUCGUCAGUGCAGAAGAAGAAGGUGGGAGCGGUGGCGUCGAGUUCGGACUCAGACUCUAGUGAGGAUGAGCAGCCGGUGAGCAAGAAGCCUGCAUUGGUGAAGGCGUCUCCAGCAGUUGGUAAGACGACAGUCGGUGUGGUUGGUGGUAAGAAGGUUGUUGGUAAGCCGGAGUCGUCUAGUUCCGACUCGGAUUCUAGUGAUGAUGGAGAUGCUGGUGUUGUGAAGAAGGGUGUUGCUGCUGUUGGUAGGCCGUUGUCGGGUGUGGGUCAGCAGACGACACCUCAGUCGUCAGUGCAGAAGAAGAAGGUGGGAGCGGUGGCGUCGAGUUCGGACUCAGACUCUAGUGAGGAUGAGCAGCCGGUGAGCAAGAAGCCUGCAUUGGUGAAGGCGUCUCCAGCAGUUGGUAAGACGACAGUCGGUGUGGUUGGUGGUAAGAAGGUUGUUGGUAAGCCGGAGUCGUCUAGUUCCGACUCGGAUUCUAGUGAUGAUGGAGAUGCUGGUGUUGUGAAGAAGGGUGUUGCUGCUGUUGGUAGGCCGUUGUCGGGUGUGGGUCAGCAGACGACACCUCAGUCGUCAGUGCAGAAGAAGAAGGUGGGAGCGGUGGCGUCGAGUUCGGACUCAGACUCUAGUGAGGAUGAGCAGCCGGUGAGCAAGAAGCCUGCAUUGGUGAAGGCGUCUCCAGCAGUUGGUAAGACGACAGUCGGUGUGGUUGGUGGUAAGAAGGUUGUUGGUAAGCCGGAGUCGUCUAGUUCCGACUCGGAUUCUAGUGAUGAUGGAGAUGCUGGUGUUGUGAAGAAGGGUGUUGCUGCUGUUGGUAGGCCGUUGUCGGGUGUGGGUCAGCAGACGACACCUCAGUCGUCAGUGCAGAAGAAGAAGGUGGGAGCGGUGGCGUCGAGUUCGGACUCAGACUCUAGUGAGGAUGAGCAGCCGGUGAGCAAGAAGCCUGCAUUGGUGAAGGCGUCUCCAGCAGUUGGUAAGACGACAGUCGGUGUGGUUGGUGGUAAGAAGGUUGUUGGUAAGCCGGAGUCGUCUAGUUCCGACUCGGAUUCUAGUGAUGAUGGAGAUGCUGGUGUUGUGAAGAAGGGUGUUGCUGCUGUUGGUAGGCCGUUGUCGGGUGUGGGUCAGCAGACGACACCUCAGUCGUCAGUGCAGAAGAAGAAGGUGGGAGCGGUGGCGUCGAGUUCGGACUCAGACUCUGGUGCUGAUGAUCAGGUGUUGAGGCAGGUUGCGGUGGUUGCUGGGGAUGGUGUUGUUGGUGCUAAAUCCUGGGGGUUUGGGUGUGGUAGUGGUGCAUAUAAUAAUGAUGUUGGUUUGGUGUCGUCUUGUGGUAGUGAGCCGAUGGUUGUUAAGAAUUUUCGUAAGCGGACGUUUUCCUAUGUGGGAAGUGUGGAGAAGUGUUGUGUUUUUGGUUCGGGUUGUUCUCCAACGAAUGGGGUUUCUGUUAAUUCUUCGUCUAAUACGCCAGAUAACUUAAAGCGUUUGAAUUGCGGCAAUACACCUUAUCGUCGUGUUCCUGAGGAUGAAGUUUUUGUCCAUCCCUCUCUGCGGGAUAAUUCAUUUGACGCGAAGCAAAAUGCACGAGGAUCCUGGGGUGAAAGAGCAAAUCGUGAUUUCAAGUUUACCAGUGGUAAAGUGUUCAAACAGGAGAAGACAAAAAGAAGAGAGGAUCAUAUGUUGGAGGUUCACUCUCCUUGGAUGCUUGUUCCUUUAAAUUUGAUGAGUAAACACUAUAGAGAACACUUAUUUGCCUGUAAAUAUAUUUUUGCUUAUACGCAAUUUGUACAUAAGGGGAGAAUAUUAAAAAGGUUUCGUAGUGUAAUAGUUCUCGUCACUUUUUGAUCAUUGUUCACAUAAUGUCACAUAACGUUCACUUGUAUUUGUAUAGUUUAACGAACUGCAAUAACUUUUGCGCUGGUUAGGUUAGGUAUCGUAUAUUUCUGUAUUCUCAGUCUGCUUACCUAUUUUCAAGUUAACAACUGAUACAAAUCCUAGUACACACAUUCCUUGUAGUUAUCGAGUGAUAUAUUUAUAUGCUAUAUAUUUGAGUAAGUCUGCUAUAAUUUUAGAGGAAGGCAGCCCUAGUGUUUUGUCUUAGUGUCAUUUCAUGAAAAUGAAUAAGACGGCCUACUCGUCGAAUAAGUUAGGUAUUCUUUCAUCUUUUGUUGAUUGCUUUGAUAUUGUUUCACUUAGAUGGAUGGGUUUUUUAAUGUAAUGUGGACAAUUGUAAUUUUUAUAACAAUCUGAAUCAGCUAUCUGAAAACAGUAGUGACCUUAUUGUGGACUGGUUUAAUGAUUAAACUUUCGGUGUUUGACUGUAAUUUGCUUGAAAAACUGGGAUCGUUUCCUUUUCUGUUUUACAGAAAUAAAUAAAAAUAAGAUACGUUGGGAUACAUUUUUCAUUUUCUACACAUUAAUUGAUUGAACGUAUGUUUUCAUAUGCUAUCCCAAAACAUCAAUGACAGUUGUGGCUGAUUAGUUCCUUCACUUACUGCCAGCUAUAAAGAUAAAUUGUAAAAUUCAAUUUGUUAGUUUUGAUCACUUAAAACACCUAUAGAUGAAAUGUCUGUGUAAAUUCCCAAUGAGGUAGAAAAAUAAAUUUUGUGGAAUUCACUUCAUUAGAGAGUAAAACCUGUACAAGUUAUUGAGUGUUUAGUCCAUUUACCCAGUGCUCAGCUUGUCUAACUUUAUCAGGUCAAAUUCUGAUCCUGAAG